AUGCAACAACAGCAGUACCAGUCCAAUUGGGGAUACUAUCCAAAUCAAUUUAGUGCACCAGAACCAGCGGCUGAAGAACCUAAAACGCUGCCCCCUAUCAGCGAUGAUCCCUAUUACUCGUGGACAAGCGAUGACGAGGCUCCCAUCACCAAAGACCAAAUUUAUGACAUAUUCAUGGAAUUGAAGAAUACGUUUGGGUUUCAGCGUAGCUCUGCGCUUAAUAUGUACGAUCAUUUGAUGAUCCAGUUGGAUUCGAAAGCCAGUAGAAUGCCAGCUCCUCAUGCCUUGUUGCUAUUACAUGCAGAUUACAUCGGUGGAGAAAAUGCAAACUACCGUAAAUGGUACUUAAGUGCCAUGGUGGACGAUGAUUCCGAGCUCAGCAAUGACGUUGAUAUCAAAAUGCUGAAGAAAAACAAGAAGAAAAAGGGAAAGCCUGAAAAGUCAGAUAACUCAAAUGAUUUAUCGGAGCCCUCUUUCCACCCCAGCAAGAAAACCGAUGUCAUUGAAUAUAGAUGGAAGAAAAGACUGUACGACUGCACCCCAAGCCAGAUGGUUGAACACAUAGCCCUUUACUUGCUCAUAUGGGGAGAAGCUAAUAAUAUGAGAUUUUGCCCAGAAUGUCUUUGCUUCAUAUACAAGUGCUCGUUCGACUAUUAUCAGCAUAUCAAGCAAGACGAGUCAGCAAGGGUGGUUUAUGAGGAGGGAGAUUAUUUGACACGGGUAAUCAACCCAUUAUACAACUACCUCAGAGACCAACAAUACAAGUUGAUUGACGGAGCUUUCGUGAGACGAGAAAAAGACCACCAUCAAAUUAUCGGUUAUGACGACAUGAACCAGCUUUUCUGGUACAGUAAAAACCUUCAGCGAAUGAUCACGACAGAUGGCACAAAACUGAUGGAUUUGCCAAAGCACGAACGAUACAAGAAGCUUGGAAACAUCAAAUGGAAGAAAGCAUUUUACAAAACGUACAAGGAAAGAAGAACUUGGUGGCAUUUAGCUACCAAUUUUAGCAGAAUUUGGAUAAUCCAUGUUUCUGUUUUUUGGUACUACUCCAGUUUCAAUUCUCCGACCCUUUACACACACAAUUAUAUUCAGCUACUGAAUAAUCAACCCACCCCGCAAGCAAGAUUCUCUAUCAUGGCACUUGGAGGUACCAUCUCCUGUCUGAUUCAGAUUAUUGCCACCAUUGCGGAGUGGGCAUUUGUCCCAAGGCUUUGGCCCGGUGCAAAACAUCUUUUCAGAAGGCUAGUACUUCUGAUGAUCAUCACAGCUAUAAACCUUGGACCAUCAGUUUUCAUCCUUGGAAUGAUUCCCCUUAACACGGUUUCCAGACUAGCAUACAUUCUAUCCAUUGUACAACUGGUGAUAUCUAUCCUCACCACCCUAUGGUUCGCCGUUCAGCCUUUGGGCAGUCUUUUCGAAUUUUCUUUGAACAAAAGAGCCAAAGGUUACGAUGCUUCCAAAGUCUUUACUUCUUCAUUUCCCAAACUAAGUUCUAGAGGCUCAGUCUUGUCUAUCAUGCUUUGGAUACUAGUUUUCAGUGCCAAGUUUGUCGAAUCAUAUUUCUUCUUGACCUUAUCCCUUAGAGAUCCAAUUCGAAAUUUGUCUAUUAUAGAUUACAGUCGAUGCCACGGAGAAGCUUAUUUUGGAACAAUACUUUGCCGUAAUCAGGGAAAGUUUGUUUUAACACUGAUGAUAUUGACAGAUUUGGUGCUCUUCUUCCUCGAUACUUACCUUUGGUAUAUUAUUUGGAAUUGUGCGUUCUCUCUCUCUUUGUCAUUCUUCAGUGGAAUAUCGAUCCUGUCACCUUGGAGGAAUGUGUUCAGCAGGCUACCUCAAAGGAUCUAUUCAAAGCUAUUAUCAACGGCAGACAUGGAAGUGAAAUUCAAACCCAGCACUCUUGCAUCGCAGGUGUGGAACGCAAUUGUGAUUUCUCUUUAUCGCGAACAUCUGUUAUCGGUAGACCAUGUGCAUCGUCUCAUCUACGACCAAAUACCGGAUGAGGCAGACGGAAAGACUGCAUUAAGAACGCCCUCCUUUUUUUUAUUCCAGGAUGAUAGUACGACCACUUUGCAAGAUUUCUUUGUGCCAAACUCGGAGGCAGAAAGAAGAAUAUCAUUUUUUGCUCAAUCUCUAUCAACACCUAUUCCUGAACCAAUUCCAGUUGAGGCAAUGCCCACAUUUACGGUUCUCAUACCGCAUUAUUCAGAGAAAAUACUUCUAGGUUUGAAAGAAAUAAUCAAGGAGGAUCCAAGCUCGAAAAUAUCCCUUCUUGAGUAUUUGAAGCAUAUGCUUCCUCACGAAUGGGAUUAUUUUGUGCGUGAUACCAAAAUCAUAUCCUACAGUGAGGGUGAAAAGAUGCCAGGUGCAACUGUCAAAUCAGAGAAAGACUUCAUCGAGAAUAAAAUUAGUGAUCUGCCGCUCUACUGCAUUGGGUACAAAUCAUCGGCUCCCGAAUACGUCCUAAGAACGAGAAUUUGGGCUACAUUGAGAUCCCAGACAUUGUAUCGUACAGUUUCAGGAUUCAUGAACUACCGAAAGGCCAUAAAGCUGUUGCACAAAGUGGAAAAUCCUGAAAUGAUUGAGAUGUUUGGAGGAAGCUCAAAUGCUGAAGAGUAUCUGAAUAGUAUAGCAGACCGCAAAUUCAGACUUUUAGUGUCUAUGCAAAGGUACCAAAAGUUUACGGAACAAGAGAAGAGUGACGUUAAAGUGUUAUUGAAUGCCUAUCCAGAAGUUUAUAUUGCCAGUUUAGAGCAGGAAGUUCCUGAAGGAGCGUCAGAAGCCGACAUCAAGUUCUAUUCUGUUUUAUAUCAGUCAGAUGAUAAGAAGAAUGGUGAGCUCAAACAAAUUUACAAGAUCCAGCUCUCGGGUAACCCUAUCCUUGGGGACGGAAAGUCGGACAACCAGAAUCAUUGCCUGGUUUUCUACAGGGGUGAAUACAUCCAGGUCAUUGACGCAAACCAAGACAAUUAUUUAGAAGAGUGUUUGAAAAUUAGAUCUGUACUGUCUGAGUUUGAGGAGAUGGAUUACGACACAACAAACCCAUACAUCCCAUCUGUUCCAAAUACAGGAAACGCCCCUGUCGCCAUCAUAGGAGCAAGGGAAUACAUAUUCUCGGAGAAUACCGGUGUCCUGGGUGAUGUGGCUGCUGCAAAAGAGCAAACUUUUGGUACUCUGUUCGCACGUACACUGGCUGCAAUUGGGGGUAAACUUCAUUAUGGGCAUCCUGACUUCUUAAAUGCAGUCUUCAUGACAACCAGAGGAGGAAUUUCCAAAGCACAGAAAAGACUUCAUCUGAAUGAAGAUAUAUAUGCUGGAAUGAACGCAGUGACGCGUGGAGGCAGAAUCAAGCAUUGUGACUAUUACCAAUGUGGAAAAGGCAGAGAUCUUGGAUUUGGCACCAUCCUCAACUUUACAUCCAAGAUUGGUGGAGGAAUGGGCGAGCAAAUGCUUUCCAGAGAAUAUUAUUACUUGGGAACGUCUUUACCACUUGACAGAUUUUUGUCAUUCUAUUAUGCUCAUCCAGGAUUCCACAUCAAUAACUUAUUUAUUAUGCUUUCACUUCAAUUAUUCCUUUUGGUGAUGGUCAAUUUGGGAUCGAUGAAUCACGAGUCAAUUGCAUGCAUAUACGAUAAAGAUGUGCCAAUCACAGAUCUCCAGAUACCGGUAGGCUGUCAAAACUUGCAACCGGUGCUUGACUGGGUGACCAGAUAUGUUCUGUCUAUUUUCAUUUGUUUCUUCAUUUCGUUCGUUCCUUUGGUUUUCCACGAGCUAUCGGAAAGAGGAGCUUGGAAAGCAUUCAGUCGACUGUUUUUCCACUUCCUUUCGCUCUCACCCCUGUUUGAGGUUUUUGUUUGCCAGGUGUAUUCUAACUCCCUGAAAAACGACAUUGUUUUUGGUGGGGCCAGGUAUAUUUCAACAGGUAGAGGAUUUGCCAUAGUGAGGAUCCCAUUUACAAGGCUAUACUCAACGUAUGCAAUAAGUUCGAUCUAUUCAGGUACCAGACUUUUCUUGAUUCUGUUAUUCGGAACCGUGACGAUGUGGCAGCCAGCAAUUUUGUGGUUCUGGAUCACUUUGGUUUCCUUGUGUCUGUCACCAUUUAUUUUUAACCCUCAUCAAUUUGCUUGGACCGACUUUUUCUUGGAUUAUCGAGAUUUCAUCAGAUGGCUCAGCAGGGGAAACUCCAAGUGGCACAAGAACUCGUGGAUCGGAUUUACACGUUUCUCAAGGUCCAAAUUCACUGGCUUCAAGAGAAAGAUAAUGGGAACAAACCUGGAGCAGGCCAAAUAUGUGCCUGUCAAUAUUCACCGUGCUCCGUUCGGUAAUACAUUCUUCGCGGAGGUAAUUGUCCCGUUAUUCCAAACGGUGUGCAUCUUCAUGGCUUACACAUUCAUCAAUGCGCAAACCGGUGUCAAGGAUCCAAGACCAGUAAACUCGGUGCUCAGAUUGGCGAUUAUGGUGUUUGCACCACUGGUGAUGAAUCUUUCAAUCCUGGUUGCAAUUUUCCCUCUUUCUUGCUUUGCAGGUCCAAUACUAAGCAUAUGUUGCAAAAAGGCUCCCAAUGUGCUCGCUGCGCUUGCACAUGGGUCUGCUGUGAUCUCGCAUAUUAUUGUGAUGGAGGUGAUAUGGUUUCUGGAAGGCUGGAACUUCUGCCGGUUCUUGUGUGCUUUUACCUGCUCGCUGUAUGUACAGCGGGUGAUAUUUCAGGCUGUGAAACUCAUGCUCCUCACCAGAGAGAUUAAGGAAGAUUACACGAACCGCGCUUGGUGGUCAGGAAAAUGGAUAGGCAGUGAUCUGGGCUGGUAUGCGAUCACGCAGCCAAUGCGGGAGCUGAUUGUGAAGACGGUGGAAAUGAGUCUUUUUGCAGCCGACUUUGCCAUUGGCCAUCUGAUCCUGAUUGUAUUUACGCCGUUGCUAUUUGUGCCGUACAUCGACCACUGGCACUCGUGCAUGCUGAUGUGGCUGAGUCCAUCGCGGUACUUGCGGGGCCCGAUUUACACCACCACGCAGCGCAAGGUCCGUGCGCGGGAGGCGACCAAGUACGCGUUUUUAUUCUUCUUCAUCAUCCUGCUGUUUGCUGCGAUUGUGGUGAUUCCAGUGCUGGUGGAUCUCACGCUGUCUGACUCCAUUGCUGAGUAUGUACCCGAGGACUUCUACGGGCUGAUCCAGCCGAAUCGCCAGGACAACAAUGACACGGGCGACAAGGCACCCUCUACGGUUUUGCGCUCGAAGCCGGGCGUCGAGACCUUCAGUACGUACUGGAUCUAG